UGGCCGGUCCAGCUGCUGCCCCCCCUGGCCUCUGCCCCGGUGCUCUCUUUCUCUCUGCUGCCGCCUCCUCUCCCGUGCUGCCGCUGCCGCCAUGGACAAGAUCCUGGAGGGCCUGGUGAGUUCGUCGCACCCGCUGCCGCUCAAGAGGGUGAUCGUGCGCAAGGUGGUGGAGUCGGCCGAGAACUGGCUGGACGAGGCGCAGUGCGAGGCCAUGUUCGGCCUCACGACGAGGCUCAUCCUGGAGGGCCAGGACCCCUUUCAGAGGCAGGUGGGACACCAGGUGCUGGAGGCCUACGCCCGCUACCACCGAUCGGAGUUCGAGAGCUUCUUCAACAAGAGUUUUGUGCUGGGCCUCCUGCAGCGCGGCUACCGCACGCUGGACAGGAAAGACGUGGCCAUCCUAGACUACAUCCACAAUGGACUAAAGCUGAUCAUGAGCUGCCCGUCCGUGCUGGACCUGUUCAGCCUGCUGCAGGUGGAGGUCCUGCGCAUGGUGUGCGAGAGGCCCGAGCCGGCGCUGUGUGCGCGGCUGUGCGAUCUCCUGAGCGACUUUGUGCAGUGCAUCCCCAAAGGGAAGCUGUCGGUGGCCUUCUGCCAGCAGCUGGUCCGGACUAUAGGACACUUUCAGUGCGUGUCCACGCAGGAGAAAGAGCUGCGGGAGUAUGUGGCACAGGUGACCAAAGUGAGCAACUUGCUGCAGAAUAUUUGGAAGGCUGAACCUUCCACACUGCUGCCUUCUCUGCAAGAAGUGUUUGCAAGUAUCUCUUCUACUGAUGCUUCAUUUGAACCCUCUGUUGCCUUGGCAAGUCUUGUGCAGCAUAUUCCACUGCAGAUGAUUACAGUUCUCAUCAGGAGCCUUACCACCGAUCCAAAUGUAAAAGAUGCAAGUAUGACUCAAGCUCUGUGCAGAAUGAUUGAUUGGCUAUCUUGGCCUUUGGCACAGCAUGUGGAGACAUGGGUGAUUGCACUGCUGAAAGGACUGGCAGCAGUCCAGAAGUUUACUAUUUUGAUAGAUGUUACUUUGCUCAAAAUUGAAUUGGUUUUUAAUCGACUUUGGUUUCCUCUUGUGAGACCUGGUGCUCUUGCAGUUCUUUCCCACAUGUUGCUUAGUUUUCAGCAUUCUCCAGAGGCUUUCCAUUUGAUUGUUCCACAUGUGGUUAACUUGGUUCACUCUUUUAGAACUGAUGGCCUGCCUUCCAGUACAGCCUUCCUAGUUCAGUUAACAGAGCUGAUACACUGUAUGAUGUAUCAUUAUUCAGGAUUUCCAGAUCUUUAUGAACCUAUUCUGGAAGCCAUCAAGGAUUUUCCUAAACCCAGUGAAGAGAAGAUUAAAUUGAUCCUCAAUCAAAGUGCCUGGACUUCUCAGUCUAAUUCCUUGGCAUCUUGUUUGUCUAGACUUUCUGGAAAAUCUGAAACUGGGAAAACUGGUCUGAUUAACCUAGGAAAUACUUGUUAUAUGAACAGUGUGAUACAGGCGCUGUUCAUGGCCACAGAUUUCAGGAGGCAUGUAUUAUCUUUAAAUUUAAAUGGGUGCAAUUCAUUAAUGAAAAAAUUACAGCAUCUUUUUGCCUUUUUGGCGCAUACACAGAGGGAAGCAUAUGCCCCACGGAUAUUUUUUGAGGCAUCCAGGCCUCCCUGGUUUACUCCUAGAUCACAGCAGGACUGUUCUGAAUACCUCAGGUUUCUGCUAGACAGACUCCAUGAAGAAGAAAGAACCUUGAAAGCCCUGUCUUCACUGAAGCCUUCUGAAAGUUUGGGAUCCAAUGAAACCUCGUUACAGGAAGUAGCCAGCAAGGCAGCACCAUUUACAGAGAUCCCUUACACAAAUGAUAGUGAGAAAACCUUAAUAGAAAAAAUGUUCGGGGGAAAACUACAAACUAAUAUACACUGUUUGAACUGCAGGAGUACCUCACAGAAGGAGGAAGCCUUUACAGAUCUUUCACUUGCAUUUUGUCCUUCCUCUUCUAUGGAAAACCUAUCUUUUCAAGGUCCGUCAUGUUCUCCUAAGGUGCAGGAUGAUUUUGUGGUACAGGCUAGUAUGGUAACAACUGGCUCUCCUGAAGAGUCAGCACUCUGUCAUCCUGUCCCCGAUGGCUUUGGCUUGGAGACAGUCAUGGAUGAAGCAGCUUUAGACAAUCUUCCUUCUGAGCUUCACUGUACAGAAAACACUUUGGUCUCUAAUGAACCAUGCAACAUUCAGAUUAACAGAGGAGUAUCUCAGAAACCAGGAGGUGAAAGCACACCUUCAGUUACUGACUUGCUAAAUUAUUUUCUGGCACCAGAGAUCCUUAAUGGCGAUAACCGCUAUUAUUGUGAAAACUGUGCCUCUCUACAGAAUGCAGAGAAAACUAUGCAAAUCAUGGAGGAACCUGAAUACCUUAUUCUCACUCUCCUAAGAUUUUCCUAUGAUCAGAAGUGUCACAUACGACGCAAAAUCCUAGACAAUGUGUCACUGCCAUUGGUUUUGGAGUUGCCAGUCAAAAGAACUAACUCCUCUCUAACUUCAUUAUCAGAAAGUUGGUCAGUAGAUGUUGAUUUCACAGAUACUGGUGAGAACCUAGCUAAAAAGCUCAAGUCCUCAGGGACUGAUGAAGCAUGCUGCCCAAAACUGGUGCCGUAUCUAUUAAGCUCUGUUGUUGUUCACUCGGGCAUCUCCUCUGAAAGUGGACAUUACUAUUCAUAUGCCAGAAAUAUCACAGGUUCUGACUCUUCCUUUCAGCUGUGCCAUCAGUCUGAAACUCUGGCUCUAGCUUCCCCUCAGGGUCAUUUGUUGGGGGGAGAAAUUCCUACUGCAGUUAUUGAGCAGGAUCUGGAAAAGAAUGAAAUGUCAAAGGAGUGGUUUUUAUUUAAUGACAGCAGAGUGACGUUUACCUCAUUUCAAUCAGUCCAGAAAAUUACCAGUAGGUUUCCAAAGGAUACUGCUUAUGUUCUAUUGUACAAAAAACAGAAUAGUACUAGUGGUUUCAGCGCUAAUAAUACAACUAAUGGACUCUGGGUGAAUGGAGACCCGCCUCUGCAAAAGGAACUUAUGGAUGCUAUAACAAAGGAUAAUAAACUAUACUUGCAGGAACAAGAGCUAAAUGCUCGAACACGUGCACUACAGGCUGCUUCUGCUUCCUGUUCCUUUCGGCCCAAUGGAUUUGAUGACAAUGACCCUCCAGGAAGCUGUGGACCAACGGGGGGAGGGGGAGGGGGAGGAUUCAGUACGAUUGGCAGGCUAGUUUUUUGAUCUGAAAAAGGAAAAGUCCAAUCCUGAAUGCACUGAUUAUAAAACAGCAUCCAAUACUUCUUAUUAUGACUGUUAAAACGUCAGAUUGUAUCAAACAUAUCUAGUUUUAUUUUCUUUUUCAUUUGAUCCCUAUACUAAGAACCUACCCAUUACUUGUUUUUAUUUUCUUGACAAUACAUUUAUUUAUUAACAAAGUGCAUCAUGGAAAAAAUCUACCUCUUAAAAGUCCAUUUACUUUUAUGGUUAGACAUGCUUGACCAAAAGAAAACAUAAAACUUUCAAAGAAAAUAUAUACAUGGCCCCUAAUUAAGCUGCAUUAAAUUUAGUAGAGGCAGUUAAACUGUCCUGAUCCUAUUCAUACUGAGCAAAAGACAAUUUAUUGUCCUUUUGAAAAGAAAUCUGCAUUGAACCAAGAAAUGAGGAGGAGAGGGUGGGAAGAGGUUUGAAACAUAUUUAAAUGUAUCAUACGUAGUUAUCCCAUCAUUAAAUUUGUACAUCCUUGAAAAUAUCAGAGGUGAUGCAAUCUAUAAUGAAGGCAAUAACUUAACAUUUGUCCUGCUUUCCAGAUUAGUGCUCUUCAGAGACAUUUUAUUUACAUUUCAAAUACAAAUGUUUAAGGAAGAACAUUUAUAGAUAUUUGCUAAAUUGAUUUCAGAAAAAGAGUGCAUGGUCCUGUAGGAGCAAAAUUUUUAACUAGAAUUUGCUAACUUUGUAGUAUUUCUAAUUGUUUAAGGAUUUUUAAAUUCUAUUUCAGGGAGUAUAUCUGCUUCGUGUUUUGAAGGAGGUGGGUUCUGUAUGUGCCUUGCAGUACUGUAAUUAAAAAUGUGAGUCUUUGGCUGCAGAAAAUUUAAAGAACAUGAAACCUUAGAAUUAACUUUUUUUGUGUUGAUGGUAUUAGAAUUAUAACUUUUUGAAAGGUAUUAGAUUUUCCAGAAGUAAAAUCUGGUGGUUCUAAAAAAAAAAAAAAGAAAAGGAAAAAAAAAACAUUUGGUAGUUUAUUUUAAACUCCUAAAAGAAUUCAGAAGAAAUUAUUCUAGGAAAGCAUAAUUUUUUUGAAUUGCAUUAACCAAACAAAUCUCGAGCAUUAAACAUUGAUCCAAAAUUUUUGGAGCUGUAAAUUUGUUUUAUUUUUGGUUUAGAUCUCAUCUCUAUGUGUUAUAUAUUUAUAUCUCUGUAGUAGUCUUGAAAAGGGCAAGAGUAUGGACUUAUUGUCCUGUAUCUUUACCUAUCAAAAGCUCAAAUCAGUAUUUCUGCUUUCUUACUCUACACAGAAUUUAAAAUAUUUAUUUUUUAAAAGUAAUCUUCCUGCUAUGUUCUUAUGAUUUGAUUGUUUCAUCUACAUUUGCUUUGAAAACAGCUUAAGGGAAGAAUGAAGUUGGGGAAUUGGGCUUUGACUUUUUUCCCUUUGUUUUAUUACAGUUAAGUAAAAAGUCCAAGUUUCCAGAGAAAGGGAAAGAGCCCAAAAAAAAUUGGUUUGAGUUAAAGUCUGGAAAUAUUUUUGCAGAAUUAAUUGUUGUUGAGAGACAGCAUGGCAUAGUGGAUAGAGACUGGCUUCUGAAUCAAGAAAUAUGAGUUGAGGUCCAUCCUCUGACAUAUACUUGAUUUUGUGACCUUAGCCAAGUCAUGUAACUUCUCAGGGCUCCCCAGACAACUCAAGACUCUAAGUUACACAGCAUCUGCUGUUAUAGAUUGGAGGAAGUCCCUCACUGGGAAUUUUCCCCUACAAAGAUGAAAAACAGCAGUUCUGUCAAAACUCUGCAUUACUUUUCUUUUAAGGUGAAUGAGUUGCCUGGGAUUUUAUUAUUCAUCUUUACUAUAGGCUUGAGCCUCUAAAGAUAACUACGGCAAAAUUGUACAUGCAUUAAUAUUUGUGAUUUGUGACAAUAAGAAAAUGAAUUGUGAGUAGAGGCUUCCUCAAAGAAUUAUUUCAUGGCCCAGGUUUGAUAGAAAAGCAUUUGAACAGGAAAGACCAUGAACAUCUUUACUGUGGAGAUUUCCUAUCCAAUCCAUACUUUCCACAUUGUCCACAGGUGACAAGAUGACACUGUCCUCCUGAUUAGGUGAGGGUUGUUGUUGUAAUGGUGGGUUAAUUGGUUUGUUUUUGGAGAGGGAGGGGAAGGCAAUUUAGAUGCAAGCAAUUUUUUUUUAUAGUUCUGUUGCAGCCAACUUUGAAUCCUACUUUUCCAAGUAAAUUUUGACAUGAAAAUAAAGAAUUUAUAUCCAGUGAGCUAAUGUAUGUAAAGAGCAUUGUAAACGUUAAGUAUUGUAUAAAUGUCAGCAAUAUCGAAGGCUUGGGAUGAAGAUUAAGAAAUAUGUCCCCAUCAUAAAUGCUGCUGGUGAAAAAAUUGACUUUAAAGUUUACCAAAAUUAUAAAUGCAUUGUUUGGAUUUCCAAAGUA